AAGAAUAAGGAUGAUAUGAAUGAUCAUUAUUCCCCAAACGCUCCCUUAACCCACCCAAACCCCGCCGGAAAUCCAAAUCCCCCAAUCGUUGUUAUUCCGAAGAUAUUUUUCCUUUGAUUCAUGUGCUUCUUCUUGUUUUAUUUUGGAGAGCCCUAAAAUCCCUUGCGAUUUGAUUCGAAAAGAUUGCGAUUUGCGAAGUAAAGGGUGGGUUAUAGGGGUAAGGGUAAGGGUGAAGGGUAAACUCUGCUUUCUCAACAAAAACAAAAGGAGAAAAAUAUCUAGGUCGAGAAAAAAUGGUGGUUUCCGAUGCUCCCAACGGCGGUGGCUCUUCGUCUCCGCCACUGGUGGUGGAGCAAACCAACACGCUUGGGAUCACGAAGCCUAUCUCUCUCGCCGGUCCCACCGACGCCGAUUUACAUCGGAACGCCGAAUUGGAGAAGUUUCUGCUUGAUUCGGGACUCUACGAGAGCAAUGAAGAAGCUGCUACCAGGAGAGAGGUUCUUCAGCGCCUUGAUCAGACUGUUAAAAGUUGGGUGAAGCAGUUAACGCGUCAACGAGGCUAUACGGAUCAGAUGGUUGAGGAUGCCAAUGCCGUUAUUUUCACUUUCGGUUCUUAUCGACUAGGGGUACAUGGACCAGGAGCUGACAUAGACACUUUGUGUGUUGGCCCUUCUUAUGUGAAUCGGGAGGAAGACUUCUUUAUCAUUCUGCAUAACAUCUUGGCUGAAAUGGAAGAAGUUACUGAACUUCAACCAGUUCCAGAUGCUCAUGUCCCCGUAAUGAAAUUCAAGUUCCAGGGAAUAUCUAUAGAUUUGCUUUAUGCAAGUAUAUCUCUUUUGGUUGUGCCUGAAGACCUGGACAUCUCACAUGGCUCAGUGCUGUAUGAUGUUGAUGAACCUACUGUUCGAAGUCUUAAUGGCUGCCGGGUGGCAGAUCAAAUUCUUAAACUUGUUCCAAAUGUUGAGCACUUCCGAACCACACUGAGAUGUUUAAAGUUUUGGGCUAAAAGGCGUGGUGUUUAUUCAAAUGUUACGGGAUUCCUUGGAGGCGUGAAUUGGGCUCUAUUAGUUGCUCGAAUUUGCCAGCUUUACCCUAAUGCAAUCCCUAGUAUGCUGGUUUCUCGAUUCUUUAGGGUAUAUACACAGUGGAGGUGGCCAAAUCCUGUCAUGCUGUGCACAAUAGAGGAAAAUGAACUGGGUUUCCCAGUUUGGGAUCCUCGUAGAAACCCGCGGGACAGAUAUCACAUUAUGCCAAUUAUUACUCCUGCAUACCCUUGCAUGAAUUCCAGCUACAAUGUCUCUGCAAGCACUCUUCGUGUUAUGAAGGAACAGUUUCGCUAUGGCAACAAGAUUUGUGAUGAAAUUGAGCUCAGUAAAGCCCAAUGGAGUGCACUUUUUCAGCCAUAUUUCUUUUUCGAAGCCUACAAAAACUAUUUACAAGUGGACAUCCUUGCAGCAGACACUGAUGACUUGUUAGCAUGGAAAGGUUGGGUAGAAUCUCGAUUGAGGCAGCUCACCCUGAAGAUAGAGCGGGAUACAAAUGGGAUGUUGCAGUGUCAUCCUUACCCACAUGAGUAUGCAGACACAUCCAGACAUUGUGCUCAUUCUGCAUUUUUCAUGGGCUUGCAAAGAAAAGAGGGAGAAAAAGGUCAAGAGGGACAACAAUUUGAUAUACGUGGAACGGUUGAUGAAUUCAGGCAAGAAAUAAAUAUGUAUAUGUACUGGAAGCCAGGGAUGGAAAUUUUUGUUUCCCAUGUACGUCGAAAGCAGCUCCCUUUAUUUGUAUUUCCAGAUGGUUACAAACGCAAUCGGAUGUCAAGGCACAUAAGCCAUUCAGCUGAAAAAAUGGGUGAGGAUGCCGCAAAGUCCAACCUAGGGUCUUCUGAAAGAAGUGUCAAGAGGAAAAAUGACCAUGAAAUGUUGGAUGAGAAGCUAGGCAAACCAGAGAAGAGGGCCUCUAUCAGCCCACAGAGGCUAGUGUGCGUCUCUCCAGAAAGUUGUUCAUCUCAAAUGAGUAUUGAUGGUACCAAAGGGGUUAGGUUAGCCAAGAAUGCUGGCACCAAAUGCGAAAUUAAGUCAUCUAAUGGACUCCUAGAAAAUGGAAUAAGUACCGAAGGAGCUUACGUGCAUCUUAGUGAAACAGGUGGUGUUCAUCCCAAAAAUGAUAGUCAGAACUCAAGGUGUUCAGAAGUUCAGAAUGAGAAUGGAGUCGAUAGGAACAAAGCUGGGGAAAUGGAUCUGGAUUGCUUGGAAAGUGCAGAAACUGCAUCUUCCAAAAGCUUGUCAAACUGUAAAGAGAGUGCUGUUGAUAUGGAUCAACGACUAGACAAUACUCAUAAUUUCCAAAGAACUGAAUAUUCAGAUUAUGUACCAACUGCGAGCUCCCAGGCCCUCAAUUGCGAGUGUAUAGCGAGAUGUCAGACUUGGAAGUGUUGUAUAAAUUCAAGAAGGGGCUAGGUCAGAAUCUUUGCAGAAGCUAGUAAAAGGCAUGCUUUUUCAACUCAUUCCAAUGUGAAUAAGAAUGUGUUUAUACUGUUCUGUUUGGUUCUGUUUUUUUCUUUUGUAGGAAGAUGAGUUUGAAUUGAAUCACAUGACAUUUGGGAGGUGAAUUGCUGAAAUUAUUCAUAAUGCUAUACCUUGUAUAACUGUGCUGGGGAUGUUGCUGUGCUGAGAUAAUUUGAAUGGGACCGAGGCUGUUUUGGACCCUCGAGUCAGCUUGAAAAGAAAUGAUGAAAGAAGAAACAGAUUGGGGUUUGGGGGAUGGCACUGUGUUGAUCGUUUAUGUACAUAGAUGAAGAGCAUGAUGGAGAUGCCUAAAAUGGUCACAUCCUGUUGUCUGUGAAACAUGUUCUAAACUCAUAUUCAGAGCUCUCAAUGUCUCAAAAAUCCUUUUUAACAUAUUUACCUAUUUUGAUUUUUAAGGAGUUGGAACUAUGUUGUUUUGCUUUGCGAUGUGGUUGAUACAUCGUGUAAAUGUAGUUUACUAGUUUAUUUUGGGUAGGUGGUUAAGAAGAGAAAAUGCUAAGAAAAAUGCUUGGCGGAAGAUUAGAAAUUGGGGUGGAUAAAUCUGUUGAUGAGUUUCUUUGGUUUUUACAAUUUAGUGAACUAGGCUUGUGAAAAUUUGUAUCUCUCAUCAUUAGUGCUUCUAAACAUUUCGUUUCUGAGUA